GCCCGGUAGCUGUCGUCAUCAUGGUCCUAAAGCCGUCCCCCAUCCCGCAGCCAGUCACCGCGUCUCUCAGCAAAUGCAGUCGUGUAGCAGACAUUUCUCCAGGCAUUAUCGACAAAUGAUUAAUGACCCGAUUCAGAUAUAAAGAUGGCCUCUCCCCAGCCUGGCAGCCCACCUCUUGCAGAGCAGUACACUCCUUCGCAGGAUGAAGACAGCCAGCAAGAAGGAGAGGUGUUGAGGGAUCAGCCUGCAAAGAAACGUGGCAGAGGCAGGCCUCCAAAAGCCAAAGCUUCCUUCAAAUGCUCUACAUGCACAGAGGCGUUCAGGAGUCUGUCAGCUCUGCGGAGCCACAAGCUCUCAGCGCAUGUGAAGGAGCGUCAGCAGCAGCACACAUGCUCUCAGUGUACGAAGACAUUCUCCAGCAAGGCUCAGCUCUCAAAGCAUGAGCGCACUCACUCAGCCCAGCGCCCCUUUCAGUGCCCUGACUGUCACAAGGCUUACAAGACGCCAACAGAGCUACGCAACCAUAGCCGCUCACACACUGGGGAGAAACCUUUCAUAUGCACGGAGUGUGGUAAAGCCUUCAUGCAGGCUAUAUGCCUGAGGAUCCAUAUGACGCAGCACAGUGGUGAGCGUCCUUACUGUUGCCGCCAGUGCUCUAAGAGCUACCCCACCCUGUCUAAACUGAAGGUGCACAUGCGGUCUCACACGGGAGAAAAACCAUACUUCUGUGCAGAGUGCGGUAAGAGUUUUGCCGAUCCCUCUGUGUUCCGAAAACACAGAAGGAACCAUCAGGGCCAUCGGCCGUAUGCCUGUGACGAGUGCGGGAAAACGUACACAGAGCUGAAGGACCUGAAAAACCAUGAGCGCUCCCACACUGGAGAAAAGCCGUACCUGUGCUCCGACUGUGGCAAGGCUUUCUCCCGCUCCUCCUCUCUGGCCUGCCAUCAACGCAUUCACUCUCAGAAUAAACCCUAUCAGUGUGAGCAGUGUGGCAAAGGCUUCACCCAGCUGUCUUCCUACCAGUCUCAUCUCCGCACUCACUCUGGUGAGAAGCCCUUCCUCUGUCCUCAGUGUGGCAAGAUGUUUUCUGAUCCAUCCAGUUUCCGUCGCCACCAGCGAGCCCACUUGGGUUUCAAGCCCUACCCCUGCGAUAAGUGUUCCAAGAGGUUCCGGCAGCCAGCUGAUUUGGCUGUGCAUGAACGUGUUCACUCUGGAGAGCGGCCUUACAAAUGCCAGAGCUGUGACAAGGCCUUCGUGGCAUCCUGGGAUCUGCGGCGCCACAUGCUUGUCCACACAGGACUCAGGCCCUUUUCUUGCACUGAGUGUGACAAGUCAUUUGCUGAGCGCUCGAGCCUCAACAAGCACCGGCGUGUGCACUCUGGAGAGAGGCCUUUCAAAUGUGAGGAGUGUCUGAAGUCAUUUGUUGUAUCCUCAAGCCUGCGCAAACAUGAGAGAACUCACCUAGCUGAGCAGUCUGACCAGCAGCAACAGCAGCAGCAACAGCAACAGCAGCAGCAACAGCAGCAGCAGCAACAACAACAACAACAGCAGGAGACAGAGACGGGGUCAGCUUCAGGCUUUACUUCCCACACAACCCUCCCUCAGUUCUCCUGUACACAUUGUGAUGCUACAUUUGGAACAUGGGAUGAAGUUCAGGCCCAUGAGAACCUUCACUCCAUCGAUUCCUCUCUUCCCACAGUUACCAAAACUGUACCACUGGGCUCACAUGUCUGUGAAACCUGCCAGGCAGAGUUUGCACAGCUGGCAGAUUUACAGGAGCACGAGAAGCAACAUCCCAAGCCAAGGCCUCAUGUCUGCAACAGCUGCGGCAAAGGCUUCCUCAACAAAUCUGGACUGCGUAAACACCAGAAGAUCCACUCCACCAAUAAACCUCACAGCUGCCCCCACUGUGGCAAAGCCUUUCUUUUUGCUGCCUACCUUCGCAAGCACUUACGGACUCACGCAGAUGCUGCCCAACCUGCCCAAACACUCAAUGACUUAAACAUCAUUCACACAGACCCGCUACCCUCUCCUCCACCCCUUGGUGAGGUUUCCCCCUCCACUGUUGAACCGAGCGGCAUAUCGCUGACGGUUCCAGUGACUGUACCUGUGACUGCUUUCCAGACUCUGCCCGAGUACUUAGUCAAAGAAGAGGGACUUUAAGCUUCUUUUUUUAUACUGUCAAUACCAUUGCCUUAAAUCUUUGAGAUGAUGGGUCUUAUUCUGAAAAGCAAACUGUUAUUUUCCAAAAACCUUCCUACAAAGAUUUCAAAAUAUCUUGUCCUACACUCAGUUGUUACCGCUUUGUCACUGUUUUGUUAUUCCAUGAUAUUUGUUACUUGUUACAUAUGUACAUAUUUUAAAAUAUAUGCUAUAAAAUAAGUAGCAUAUUAAGGAAUUGUCUUAUCUGUUGUGAUCUCCUCAUAAAAAGUGGUGUUGCAAACAUACAGUUUAUGCUGAUCACUGUAAAAUCUCACUUGAAAAUGUUGUGAUUUCUGGUAAACAGGAUUUUACAAUUCAUUUUAAGUAUAGCUUGUCUUAAAUUUACAUUUUGUUAACAUAAUCUGUAACUGUUGUGUUGUAAAAAGUAUUUGUCAUCGAAUAUUAUAUUAAUCUUCAAGUAAAAAAAGAAAAAAAAGGUGGAAUUCCGAAAUGUUCAAUCAGUGGAAUUCAAAUUUUCUACAAAUAAAAUUGUGAACUGUGUAAAAAUUA